AUGGACGACCGGUCUCGUGAGACGGCUGUGGACGUCGUGCGCCGAUGCCGCGAGGCGGGCAUCGAGCUCGAUCCCGUCCUCGCCGCGUACCACUGCGCGGCGCUCAGAUACCAGGGCGUGCCGUGGGACGACGCGUUCACGCAGACGGCCGCCGAGCGCAUCGUCGCGCCCAGGUCCAGGCUCGCGGUGGACACGAUGGCCAUGCAGGUCGCCGCGGACGAGAUCCGCGCGACGAUGACCGCCGCGAUCGCCGCGGAUCGCCGCGACCGUGAGGAACGCGCCGCCGCGUACGAGCGCGAGGUCCUCACCGUCGCCGCGUCCUUCCCCCGCAUGACGCAGCGCGAGCAGGCUGACUUCAUGGAGCAUAUGUGGAAAAACGUCUUCUUCCGGUACGUGUGCGUCAAAGGGGGGAUGGAGAGCGCUCUGGGGAUCAACGACGAGGUGGGACGGGAGGAAACGUUCGCGGCUUUCAAGUCGGUGUUUCCAAAGCACGAGACGACGCGGUUCCUGACCCAGACGGCGCCGGAGAUCAGCGCGCAGCUUCGCGAGCUCGCGUCCAUCGUGCUGGGCAUCCGAGUGUUCAACCGACGGAUGGAGGAACUCUCGCGGGGGGGGAACGGGCCGUCGCCCAGCGGCUCAGUCCCGGACCCGGCGCCGGGGUACUUGAACCUCGGCGCGAAGAUGCGAGAGGACCUCGCGGGCAGGGCGCACUCGGCGGCGAGGCUGUGCGCGCAGUACCGUUGCGUCUCGUCGCAUCAAUCGCUUCGAAGGGACCCCGGGGAUGAGUUGCUCACGCGGCUCGCCGACGAGAACAACAACCGCGUCGCGUACUGGUCCAUCAUCCGCGCCCUCAUCGAGGACAACGCGGAGGGUAUCGAGCGCGUGGACGAGCUGACGCGGAGGGUGCACGACGGGUGCGAGGAGGUUCGCGAGCUGAUCGAAGACGCGGAGGGUUUAACCGAGGGUUUAGGCGGCGGCGUACGAAGGGACGAGUUGUACCCGAUCCUGCAGUCGGUGGGUGCGAACCACUCCGCGCUGUUAGACGAGGCGGCGGCUCAGGAGGUAAUCCACGCGGUGAGCGCGCGCAUGACGGACUUUUCGAAACCCUUCGAGACGUCGCUCACGAACGAGCUCCUCCACGAGGGCAUCCGGGUCGAGAAGAUGGCGAAGGAGCGGUACGGGCCGCACGCCGUCGUCGGGGUUCCAAAGGUGGACGAUGCCAAGGACGUCCCUAAGACGGUCGUGGAGCCGCACUUGAGUCGUAAGCUCGGCGAGUCCGGCGCGGAGAUCACGCACGGAGGCGUGACCACCUUGGAGUACGGGGGAUACGACGUCUUCGCGCUGUGCAAACGACGCGGCUUGGCGCUGCCCGCGUCGAUGUCGGCGCCCGACACCGCGGUUGUUUUCCAGGGCAAGACGUACGGAUUCGCGGACGAAUACGCCGCCAAGCAGUUCGCGUCGCAGCCGGCAAAGUACGUGCGCGCGAUGCACGCGACGCUGUUUCGCAUGCCGGAGCUGGUGCGGAUCACCCACCCCUCGGGGGAGGCGACGGCGAGGGCGUUUCCGAAUUUGGACGUCGCCAAGCUGGCGGCUGGGAUGUCCGUGCCGUCGCCCACGGAGUUUGGCACGCAGACGGACACGCACCCGGUGGAGCGUCACGUCGAUAAGGACUACGAGUGGAACGAGUGGGCGCUGCGGCGACGGGCGCUGCACGCGGCCAACUUACUUCGCAAGGCGACGCACGGCUCGCAGACGCACUCGAGUCACUUCAGGCGGGAGAACACCACUCAGGUUUGGCUCCCGAAGAGGAACGAGACGCAGACGGUGGUGACCAAGGGGACGACGAUGCCGCAGAAGAAGAGGUACAUCGGCGGCAUGAGGGGCGCGCCGGACGUCAAGCUCAACGUGGUCAACGUGGAGCUGGACCUCGGCCAACCGUACGAGCACUAG